UUAACACAGUUUUAGUUUACAUUAUUAAUUAUUUCAAAAAAUUUCAUACAAAAUGUGCAAGUGCCUUUUAUAGGUAUUUUAUAGAAACUCUCUUUUUAUUCCUGAAGGCAAAUCUACUCUUAUUCAGUUUCUGUGCAAUGAAAACAACAUUGUGAUCUGAGAUCUCUGGAAUGAAAUUAAAGCUUUUAAUUAUUCUGUCAGGUUUGCUUGAAAAUAUAAGGUCAGUUUGUGUUUUAGACAUUUUGUUUCCCCCCAGAGAGCCAUUUACUAGAUGUGUGAAACUAUACAGUGCUGCCAUUUCCUUUAGUUUUUCCUAUUGCUUUUGUCUGUCCUGUUUAUGUUAAAAUCCCCCAUUACAAUCACUCCUUCUCCAGUGUGUUUAGGUAUUUUAAAAUUUCUUUAAAUGAAGUAUAAAACUGUACAUCUGCUGAUGGUGGCCUUUUGUUAUGUCAUGCAUGUUAUAAAAUAUUUUAAAUAUGUAAUUAUGACUGAAUUAUUUAACUGGAUGUGAAGUUUUAUAACUUCUGACUGUAAAAAACAACAACAAAAAACUAAGAUCAAGUUAUACAGCACAGAACAGUAUAGAUCUGAAAACACACAAAUCUGCUAUUUCACUUUUGUGAUCAAAUUUUCUCUUAAACUGCAGUGCAUUUGCAUUGAUGAGAGCACUAGUUUUGUCUUUCAAAAAAACAAUAUUGCAAACAUCCCUCUUACUGGCAAGGAUCCUCAUAAUAAUCUGACAAUCUAAAAGAAGGAUAAAUCAGGGUUGAUAUAUGAUAUUUAAACAUUAAAAUGAAGUUGACUGACACAUUUCCGGUGACAAAAAGCAGAAGAGAACAGACCUGAACCAAGUUUCUACAUGAAGUUGUCACCCACACCCCUGUGGCCGCCUUUCUAUUUCCUUUUUGUUCACACAAAUGCACCCAUAGCACAUACAAGCCAGCACUCAGCAGCAGUGUGAGGAAGAUGUGGGUGUCCAAAAUCAUCUUUUUCAUUUCUUUUAGUGCUGGCUGUGGUGCUCAGGGAGAAGCUCUUCCUGUGCCGAGCGUGCAUCUGCAGUCACAGUGGUCUAAGGUGUUUCCGUCUGAACAAAUCAAACUAAGUUGUGAAAUUAACAGCAAGAGCUGGACCAUUACCUGGUACAGAGAUGAGCAGGAGGUCAGACCUUCAGACAGUUCUGUCAUUCUGUCGGAGGAAUCCCAGAAUCUGACUGUGAAUGCAGAAGCACAGUCACAGAGUGGAAAGUACAGAUGUAAAGGCAACAGCAAAACCAACACAUCUGUUAGCACCACAUACAGUAAUGCAGUUCAAAUCACUGUUCUUGGAGAAAAGCUGAAGCCGACACUAAGCAUCAAUGAGAACCGGCAGAGUGUAUUUGUUGGUGAAGCAUUCACUAUUAGAUGUCUGAUCAGUCAGUCAGUCAGUGCAUCAUCUUCAUGGGAAUAUGUCUGGUACCUCAACGAUAAUCCCAUGCAUAAAUCCUUUAAGGAUGAGUACACUGUAGUUUCAGCUGAAGAGAGCCAUGAUGGAGACUACUCCUGCAAAGUACGAAGAGGUGGGGUGACUGUCAGCACUGCCAGUGAUACCAUCAAUGUUAAAGUAUCAGAGAUUCCCAUACCAACACUGAAGUUUUUAAAUGUAUGGCCCGAAGUGAUUGAGAAUGAGGAGGUGUCAUUGCAUUGUGAGACUGCCGGGCCUGACUGGGCGGUCACCUGGCUGAGAGAUGGAGUUCAAGUUGCUCAGAAUCCAAACAUAAAGUUCACUGAGCAGGGAGCACGACUGAUCAUGCUAUCAGCCUCCAAGAGCCUUCAGGGACGCUACACCUGCAAAGCUCUCCAUAACACCAGACACGUCAGCUCUGGGCAAAGCCAACCAGUCAUAAUCAAAAUUCAUGAUACGCCUAAACCCACAUUAUCCAAAAGUCCUAAUCUAAACAAGAUGUAUGUAGGUGAGACAGUGAACUUCACAUGUGCAGUUCUCCUUUCUGCUGGAUGGAUCUACAAAUGGUCCAAAGAUGAUGUAGACAUUGUCCACACGGGUCCCACUCUUAGUAUUGUUCUGCAACUGACAAAUGGAGGGGGCUACUCCUGCAAAGCCUUCAGGGGCAGCGUCACAACCCUCAGUAGUGAUAAGAUGACACAAGCUGUCGAUGAUGUUCCAGCGGUGAAGUUACACAGUUUAUGGUCAGAUGUAUAUAAGAAUGAGGCAGUGACUCUGAGCUGUGAUGCUGGUAGCACCGACUGGAGAUUCUCAUGGUUAAAAAAUGGACAACCCCUCACUGGAGAUGAUUUGUUGAAAAUAACAGAUGAAGGAUCCACUCUUCAAAUAGUUUCAGCAUCAAUGAGUCAUACGGGGACUUACGUCUGCAAAGCCCAACACAAAACCAGGACUGUCAGCUCUAACUUAAGCCAACCACUAAAUGUCAAGGUUUAUGAGAUCCCUGUCCCACAGCUGACCCCUCUCACUUCUUGGAUGGAUGUGUUCCCCUCUGAGACAGUGGAGCUGGGCUGUGGGGUGUCCUCUGCUCCUCAGAACUGGACGUACCAGUGGAAGAAAGAUGACCAGACUGUCAAUACAGAUGUAUUUUUUGACCCAGACCACGCUAAGCUCUCCAUCCGCUCUGCCUCAGCCUCACAUAAAGGCCAGUACAAAUGUAGAGCCACCCUAAAGAGCAGACACGUUGUCACGUCUUUCAGCACCCCACGUACUUUGAAAGUGUAUGAUCAAAAACCUCAGCCCACACUGGUCCAGCAUCCAGACUACUCCAUACUCUUCCCUCAGGAGCCAAUGAAGUUCCACUGUCAAAUCAAUGUGUCAAGUGGUUGGGAGUUUGUGUGGUACCAAAACGAGAAAGAACUCCAAUCCAACCAGUCGAGAUAUGAAGUCACUUCUCCUGAUAUUACAGAUUCUGGGUCUUAUUCCUGUAAGGUCAAAAGAGGCAAGACUCACAGCUUUAGCUUCAUGAGUCAUGUUAAAAAGGUUGAAAUAAGAAAGGACAUGCCUAAGCCUGUUCUGUCCCAGUGGCCUGAUGUGGACAAGGUGUACCUAGGAGAGCUGGUGGUGUUUAAAUGCGAACUUAACGUGUCAUCAGACUGGGAGUACCACUGGCUCAAAAAAGGACAUACUAUACCGGUUGUUAGUGCUAGCUACACUGUCACUGCAACACAUCUACAGGAAGAGGACUAUAAAUGCAAGGCCAAAAGAAGAAAAACGCUCUUUGAAACAGAAAGUCAGCCAAAAGUCAUAAAUAUUUCUGAAAUCCCUAUCCCCUCUGUGAGCAACUUAACUUCAUGGUUGGAUGCCUUCCCGACGGAGACUGUGAAGUUGCGCUGUGGGAUGGAGACUAGUGCCUCUGAUUGGUCUUACACAUGGAGCAAAGACGGACAGAUGAUCAAAUCUGAAGACAACAUGAAGAUAGACCAAGAUGGCAGUGUUCUGACCAUCGUCUCCUCUGUGUCACAUACUGGAGAAUACAGCUGCAUGGCAAACCACAAGAAGAGACUUGUCAAAAGCAAUUACGGUUUGGGGAUAAGACUUGAGGUGUAUGACGCUAAACCCAGAGUUACGCUUGUCCAAGAUCUCGAGUUCAAUACCUUCUACACCGAGGAUUCAAUAUAUUUCAACUGUGGAGUCAACGUGUCAUCAGGAUGGGAUUAUACAUGGUUCAAAAAUAAUAACUUCGAAACAUCUGGACCAAACUACACCAUCAAACAUGCUCACACCUCGCACAGUGGAGAAUACAACUGCAGGGCCAAAAGAGGAAAAGGAGAGACUGUUUUCCACACGGAUCACAGUAGGAGUGUGGCAAUUAAAGUAAAAGAGCGCCCAUCAGCAGCUUUACAGCUCCUAACAGGCUGGUCCGAGGUGUUUUCCACUGACAGUCUAGUGCUCCAGUGUGAAGCAGUAGACAGUGAGGAUGAUGACUGGAAAUUUGAAUGGUUCAAAGGAAGUGAAAUAAUUGAGCAGCCUUUUUCUAAAAAACAUACAGUCACACCACAGAAUGACCCUGACCAGAACCAGUACACAUGCAAGGGCAAGCGCGACGGGAGGCCAGCUUAUACCAAGACUAGUGAACCUCUGAAAACAACCAACCUCUUGUUGAAGAGGAGAGUCCUUCUGUCCAUUUCUGGAUGUGUAGUGUUUGGCCUUUGUGCAGUUUUUCUUGGGUGUAUUGUUCUGAGAGUCUGCCGCAAGCCAGUUGUUGACCAAGAGAAACCAGAUGAGGUUGACCUAUUUCUAACAAGGGCAGAACUAUCAAAGCAUGCACCAAAUCCAUUAACUGAAUAUGUUACUGAUGAAGACCUGAAAGACAUUGCUAAAGAAGCGGAUGAAAAUGGAACAAUAAGUUGUGAAUCAACACUGUUACCGAUAAAAGCUAAAGAGGAUGAAGCCACACCAUCUGACAGCAACAACACAACUGGGAAUGGCGAGAUGGUUUCAUUUAAACAAUGAUUUAUGUUGAAAUGGUAUAUGUAAUUUAACUUUUUUCACAGAGGGCCACAUAUGGAACUAUAUUUGUAGUGGAGGGCUGCAGAUUAGUGGUCAAUGCAGGGGGUCUUUCAAACUGUUUAAAUGUAGGUAUUUUACUAAACAUAUAAAUAAGUUAACCAUGCUUGAGCAAAGACUUGGACUAUGUAUAGCUGUACAAUGUCAGCAGCAGGAUUGUGUAAAUAUGAUUCCUGAAUGUAUUUAUGUAGUUUAUUGCCUGUUUUGUUCAUGUAUAUAAAACCAUACUUUGUGCCACACUUGAGAGGGCUAAUGUAGACUGAAGUAGACUAGUGCUGUUUAAUUCUCAGAACAGACACCAGGGGUCAGCAGAUAUCAAUGAGUGUUGUUUUGUAUCUGAACUUUAUUUUGAAUGCACACUUUAUUUUGUGAACGCUAGGGACUUCAGGAGACAUGAAUUCAAAUUGUGUAAAUUGUAUUUAAUAUCAUAUGUAGUUGCUAUGAAAUUAUACAAAAAUAAAAAUGUAUGAACUA